AUGUCGGGCAUGACGAGCGGCGUGUGUGUGGAGAGUGACCUCUCCUCAAUGCUCCAGAGAAGCUCCGCCCCCUCCCACCAUCACCCGAACCACCAUGUUUACGGCGGACAGGGGCAGGUGUCCAGUUUGGCUCCGAUGCUGGAUUACACCACGGAGAUGGACCGCUACCGUUCCUCCAUCGCCAACUUCUACAAAACCAACGUGAACAUGAACAUGAACGUCACGAACUUCCCUCAGUCGGCCAAGCUGGCGGCCCGUUUGGCGGCGGCCGGCCCCAUCUUCCCUCCCAACGCCGCGGCCAGGCUGGGCACGAUGGCGACAGCGCCUUGGGGCUGCCACGACAACAUGAACAUGAACCACCCGGCCGCCAUGUUUUGGAGCCGGCCCAAACCUGUGGGAACCGCACCAACGCAUCAUCACCACCACCACCCCUCUGCGACGCAGGGUCACCUGACCUCCCCGCACUCCCACAGUACCAGCAUGCACCACGGCGGCGCGGGGUCUGGAGGGGGAUCAGGUGGAGGGGGUGGUGAAGGGGGAGGAGCUGAAAAACAUGGACACACUGCCUCCUCACUUCCUGUCACACAGGGAUCGGCACACCAUCACCCCAUGGCGCCGAGCAACGCAAACUUUCUCCCGGGUUACGGCGGUGGUGCGGAGUGUGGCAUCAUGAACAAGCAGGGACACGCCCACCCAGACAUGAUGAGCCUAUCAGAGGGCGGCAGCUGCAAUGGGGGAGGGGUGAUGGGUAGUAGCUUCUUGGGGGGGCUGGGAUUACCACCUGGGGUCAUUGUCAUGGCCAUGGGGUCGGCAGGGGGCGGGAUCUCAGAUGCUGGCAGCGCCUUCCAGAUGACAGGCGGCCAGCGGGCGCUAACGGACUGCCAGCAGCACAACUCCUCCCCCUGCCCCUCCUCCUCCUCGCCCUCAUCGUCAGUAGUGACAGCAGGGGGCGUGGCCCUAUCUUCAUCGUCGUCCUCUUCAUCGGGGGCGGCGGCCAAGAGGAAGAGGAAGCGGUGUGGCGUGUGCGGGCCGUGCAGGCGGCUGAUCAACUGCGGCGUCUGCUCGUCCUGCCGCAACAGGAAGACGGGUCAUCAAAUCUGCAAGUUCAGGAAGUGUGAAGAGCUGAAGAAGAAACCAGGGGGAGGCGGGGGGGUACUUGAGCGGCCGCCUUCCGUCCCGACCGGCGAGGCCUUCCGUUGGUUCUUCUAG